UCUAGCUUAAUUGCCCUAGGUCCUAGCUACCCUCCACAUGAAAUGGAAACUUACUCCAACAUAACAAUUACCUGGCCUUUUGAAUAAUAGAAGGUUCGCGUGAGUCUUUAUCUUCAAUUUCAAGUGAUAGAAGACAGGGAGACGUUUCAAAUUGCAGGCAAAGUGUUGGAAAUCAGUCAAUAACGAGAGGAAAAGAACAACAGCAUCACCAGCCACAAACAUGUCGCAAGUACAGCUGUCCGUGGUGGACUACAUCGUGAUGGUCGUCAUGCUCGUCGUCUCGCUCGCCAUCGGCUUCUACUUCGCCUGCACGGGUGGCCGCCAGCGCACCCAGCGCGAGUACCUGCUGGCCGAGGGCAAGAUGUCUUUUGGCCCGUCUGCCUCUCCCUCUUUGCCACCUUCCAGUCUGCCAUCGGGCUGCUGGGGAUUCCUGCUGACGUGUAUGAGUAUGGCACCAUGGUGUUCUUUGGCGGUGUAGGUAUCGCCCUCGCCAAUCUCAUCACGGCCUUCACCAUAGCGCCCUUGUUUCACCCGCUGAGACUUGUCAGUGUCUACCAGUACCUGGAAAUGCGCUACAACUCCAGAAUUGUUCGAUGGAUUGGAGUUUGGACUGGCAUGACGUGGACGACUGUAUACAUGGGACUGGCUUUGUUAGCUCCAGCACUGGCCAUAAAGGGAGUCACCGAGAUCCCCAUCUGGAUGUCUGUCAUUGUGUUUCUGCCAUAGGAACGGUGUACACUACAGUCGGUGGGAUGAAGAGUGUCUUGUGGACGGACGUCUUUCAGACUGUCAUCAUCUUUGCUGGUCUCAUCGCCGUCAUCGUCAAGGGAGUGAUGGAAAUUGGAGGAGUUCAUGAACUCUACACAAUAUCACAACGAGGCAAAAGACUAGAGUUUCAUGAGGUGUCACCAGACCCACGUGUUCGACAUACUCUGUGGGGCUUUUUGUUUGGGUACACCCUCUACUGGCUCGCUUGCAACCUGAAUCAAUCAUCCGUCCAAAGAAUUUCAUCAACGAAGUCUCUGCGUCACGCUAAGCUGGCCUUCCUGGCGGCUCUUCCUAUGAACAUCUGUUACGCCACGUGCCAGGUCACCGCAGGCCUCUGCAUGUACGCCUUCUUCGUCUACACGGGGUGCGAUCCCUUAAGGGCAAGGCACGUGACCAGCAGUAACCAGGUCAUAAUCUAUUAUGUGGUGAAUGUUCUGGGCUUUCUACCGGGUUUUUCGGGCUUGUACCUGGCCACCCUCCUCAGCGGUUCGCUCAGCACCCUGUCGUCCGGCCUCAACUCGCUGGCGGCUAACACCACAGAAGACCUUCUUCGCCGUCCGUUGUCCAAACUGUCUCCUGCCUACGUCACCAAAGUCACCAAAAUCAUUGCGCUUUUGUUUGGCUUUGUGGUCACGGGUGUCGCCUACACCUUUCGCUCCUUGGAAGGGCCGGUAACCCAGUUGACAACAACAGCCUUGGGGGCCAGUAGCGGUCCGGUGACGGGGUUGUUUAUCAUGGGCUUCGUUUUCCCUCAAGCCAACAAGUUUGGCGCCAUCACAGGCUCAGUGGUCGCCCUUACCUUCAACAUGUGGAUGAGUAUCGGCAGCUUUAUGUACGGAACCUGCAAACCCAAGAAGCCUGCGGGACCAUUGUACGGGUGUCCUGAAUACAACAAUAGCCUUGCUUUCUCCAUUUGCAAACAACUCUGGAGUUCACCUGAAAUCUUGGAAUUUCUUUGGCAACGAGUCUCUCACUUUUCAAGACACGUCUUGUGACAUCACCUCGGGGUUUUUCCUGUACAACAUUUCCUAUAUCUGGUAUACUCUCAUCGGCUGCCUCAUCUGCAUCGUUAUUGGUCUUGCUGUCAGCAUGAUUACCAACAUCUUCAUACCACAUCGCUACCCGCCACCCCAGCUGCUGCUCCCUCACCAGCCGGAUUCUGAAGGAGCAGCCUGUAAUGUCAGACAAACUCGAGACCGAGAAAGACGGACAAGAACUGAACCUGAUGUAAAGAUAAUCAUCCCAUGAUUCUCACUCUCAGGACAAACACCUAGAAGUAAAGAGUGCUUUAGUUUUGUAUGGGUU